AUGCCUUGCCACAACAACAUACCAUGGUAAGUUUUCUUUUGAGGAUUGAUGAAUAUGCAAUGAUUGUCCAUACCAUGAAUAGAUACUUGCGUACGUACUAUGUUCGUACUAUUUCCCUAUUCAUUUUAAUUUACGUUUGAUACGAUAGUUUUUUUGGAAGAUACGAUACCUCUUUAACGUGUUUAAUGAAGUUCUGCGUGAAGAUACGAAGAUGUAUAAUCAAAUUUUACGUGAAGAUACGAUGCACUGUCGUAUAUAGAGUAUAUAAUUAUGUUACCGUGCAAUUAUUUUAUAAGUAAAUGUAGUAUAAUAUCUAUUUCAUCUUUUUCAGUGGGUAUACGAUGAAGUCGGUCAUACUGGUACUGAGUUUUGUUGGAUUUGCGUUAGGUAUGUUGAGUUUACAUUAUAGUAGCUUGGUAGCAUAUCAUUUAUCGAUUAGUUAUAAAAUGAAGUUUUUAAAAAAGUAGACAUCUUUAUAUAUUCAUACAUAGUUACAAUGGUGUAUAUAUAGUAAUGUAAAAGUUAUUUUACUUUGUAAACAAAGUUUCUUCAGCCGCCCCAGCCAGCCAAAGCCAAGACCUUCAGUCCAAGAUCGACGCCAUGGAGACACACAUUCAGAAUCUGGAGAAGAUUCUGCUACAAAGUCGUCAGCCCGCUUCUUUGCCAGAAUCACAGAUGCUCGCUCAACGCCCGACUCGCGCCCUCGCCUUUCAGCCAAUGAAAAGAAUGGUGGCUUGGCAGCCAAUGAAGCGGUCCAACAGUCUACUGGUACCCGAAUACAGUAAGGAACAAGGUAAGGAACCUUUACAUGAUAUUGAAAUAAUAAACUAUAAGAAGUUUUAAGUCGAUUAUACUGCAGUAGGUAUAGCAACAUUGAUAGGCCAUUUUAUAAUUUCAAAAUCAGUUUUCCAAUGUCGAAAACUGAAGAACUAUAUAAUAGUAUAACUUUUAUAAAUUACAGUAAUCCGAGCGGUGGAAGAACAGCUUUUGGAGAUUUUGCGAGCCGGCGAGACCCUGGGCGCGAACGCGGAAGAAGUUCUGAGCGAUUUGCGACGAAAGAACGGCCAAGUAAUGUAA